ACUUCUAAUGAAGCAGAGAGAAACAUCUAGCUUUGGAAUAGAGGUUGCCAAACAGUAUUCCCAGUGACAUAUGAGAGACUGGAGGAAAGGGCCCCCACAGAAAUUGAUCAAUUUGGGGAAAGCUAGUUAGCAGGUAGGCCUUAGAACUUCCCAGUGACAUCAUCAGUAAGCCCCUCACUGGACAAUCUAUUGUAUCUAAGAGAUCCCUAGAAUCUUCUGUGAUGUCACCAGUGUUGUGGUGACACCAACUGCCAUUGGGAUAUUCCUUCAGUUCCCUUUGGGUUCACAAGCAGGCAUGUUUCGCCAGCUGCUCAGGCUAUUUCGCAAGGAAAGUGGAGAUCAAGGAGAGACCACACCAAGGCAGAAGGAAGAUGACCUCCUCUCUAGUAAAACAGGAAGGAGGAAAUCAUUCCGGGGAAGGCUUGGAUUUGGUAGGAAGACAUCAUCCCAAAAUGUCAUCAGUGAGCAAGAGAAGUGUCGAAAGGAACUGGAGGAACUCAAACUUGAAAUCCAGAAGUGUAAAUUCGAGAGGGAUGAACUUUAUCAAAUCCUGGACUUUUAUAUCUAUGAUGAUUGGGACCUCAGGCUGGAUGUCGAAUUGCCAAUACUUCAAUCCGAACAUGAGAGGAGAAUGAUGGCUAUGCAAAUGAUGACCAACUCAAUAAGUGAUGCCAUGGAGAGGUACAAGGAGCUCAUACAAGUGAACAGUUCCUACCGCAUCAGGCACUCCCAGCUCCUGCAUGAACAAGCUCAAUUGAAGAACAAAAUACAGAUUUUGCUGAAUGAGAAGAGAGAACUGCUGGUGGAGCAGACUGAGCUGCCAACAUCCUCUGUGGAGGCAAAGAGGCUCUGUGAAGAGGCCGGAAUGAACAUCUGUGUCCCCAGAGCCAAGCAACAGCAGGUCUGAAAUUCUCCAGCAGAAACUCGAACAUGACAUAGACCAGGACAAGAUCUCCCUUGGAGAGAUGUGGUACAGGAGGAGCGCUAAGUGUGCACAGCAAAUACACCACUAUUGCAUCUCAUCUGUAAUGUCCAUAGCAAUUGUGGACUGCAUUUUCCUCCUUUAGUUUGAAUUCUUUGGAUUUAAUAGGCUGUACUUUCACCUUGCCUCUCUCCAGCAAGUGUACAGUUUUGGAGUGACUCAGAGAAGUGCUGAUGCACAUCAAUCAAGAGCUGCUGGUCAUCCAGAAAGACUGUGCACGUGUAAAUUUGUACUUGUCCUGAUGGGUCAUCCAGAAGAGUUUCAUGGAGAUCAGUCCACAACAUUGGAAAGACUUUGAGACAAAGUCUGUGAUGUAUUUUAUACUCGGUAUUGGAUGGUCUUGUCCUUCAUACCCCACUCCAAUAGAAGAGACCUCCUUACAUUCCACUUGAAAAGAUUAUUACCAUCAGUAACUGCUUGUCUAUUAUGUUCCAAGGCCAACCACGGGAUAUAAGUCUGUUCUGCAAAAUGAGUAGUAAAAGAAUGUUUAGCAUAAUUCCUCUGUUUAGAUUUUGGUUUGAAUUUUGAUUAUUUUGGUUUUUCUUCUAUUCAUUUGAAAGUUUGGUAUUUAUUUGUUUUUGUUUUAUUCUUGCAGUUGAUUCGCUAUUUUGAUGAGGAUAUAGACUGUAUAUAUUGACUACCCGCAUCCGGUUAUUAUUGAGUAAAUUGGAUGUAUUCCUUUAAAUAAAACAGUAA